AAACUUGAUGGUUCGUUUCUCGCCAUCGAACACCAGAUUCGACGAUACACGUAAUCCCCCAACUUUCUAAUAUUCAAUUCGCUUUAUUAUCAUUCUAUUUUCUUUUGUUCGUAAAAUGGCUAUGGAACGACAGAAGCAACGUUUCCAACUCGAGCAAAUCGCUUAUCCGAGUCGCGAAAUCCGUCGUCGUCGUCGUCGUCGUCGUCGUCGUCGUCGUCGUCAUCGUCGUCACGUACCUACGGUAAAUACGAGUUAACAAAUACACGGGAAUCGAGAGUGAACAAGGCAGGUGCAAAGGCAGGUUGAUGUAGAGCUGAAGAAUCAUGACGAGAGUGCGUCGACAUCGAUUCAUCCCGCUUCUGGUGCACAUCUUGCUUGGUGCUUGUCUUGGUAUUCAGCAAUUCGAAGAAACACCACAAUACACCGAAGUGAAUCCUGGCCAGGAUGCGAAACUGAUUUGUCGCGUGCUCGGAAAGAGGGGUCAGUGUAUUUGGCAGAAGGAUCAAAAGCCAAUUGGAAUGCAUUUGAAAAAGUACGAAUGGGUGGGACGGCCAGACAUCGGCGACUGUUCGCUAUGGGUCAGAUCGGCCACUUUGGAGUUCGAUGACGGGCUGUGGCAGUGUCAGGUGACUGCCAGUGAUUUCACGACGCAAGACGCAUUGGCAUCCGAACCAGCGAGGCUGGUCGUCAGAGUCAGCCCUCAACGACCGCAGAUAGAGUAUGCGAAUCAUCUGAUUCCACCUGGCAGCAACGUGACAGUCCGAGCAGGUGAGAUCGCUACGCUCACUUGCACAGCGCGGUAUGGGAAUCCUUCGCCUCUAAUUAAAUGGUACGUGGGUGAAACGGAAGUAAGGGCACUGAGGCCUCAGGUAAACUCCACGGAGAAGGAUAAUCCUCGCACUUGGGCGACGUACAGCGUCUGUGAGAUAAUGGCAGAGAGGUCGCGUUACGGACAACCGAUCAAAUGCGUGGCUAUUCAUCCGACGUACGACAAUCCCACCAUGUCUUCCAGCACCGAAGUCAGAUUCGACGUGCGAUACGCUCCUGAAACGAGGCUAAUCGGCGUACCGACUGGCCAACUGGAAGAAGGUCGAGAUCAGCUGGAAAUUCGAUGUCUGGCCGACGCAAAUCCCCCAGCUUCGAUCCUCUGGAGGAGAACGAAGAGUCCAGGUGUGACCGAGGUAGCCAGUAUCGGUGAAACUCUAUUAUUCUCGCCGAUCUAUAGGAAUCACGCGGCGGUGUAUAUCUGCGAGGCAGCCAACACCGAGGGUGAAAGCAGCCCCGUUUCUGUUCAAGUGUCCGUCAACUAUCCACCAACGAUCAGCUCGGUCGGACCAGAUCGACUAACUACGGCCCUUCUCUAUUCCGGUGCUUCGUUCGAGUGCAAUGCUGACGCGAUGCCACCGGCUGAAUACAGAUGGGCCCAGGUCUUCACCGAUGGCCGAAUGCCAUUGGAAUGCGGUACAGGGCAGCGAUUGAUCCUGACGAACGUGACGUACGAGCAACAGGGCCAAUACAUAUGUCUCGCCUCGAACAAGAUCAAUGGAAACGUUAGGGAGGUUAAAAGCGACCCUGUAUCUCUGCAGGUGGUCGGCGCUCCAAGGGUGGUGAAACCAACCAUCACCGAGAAGUUAGUGGUAGCAACGACGGAAGGGAGCCCGGCGAAAUUAGAGAUCAGACUAUGUUCCGACCCGAAACCCCGGUUGGUUGCUUGGGAAUGGGGCAGCACCAGACUCCACGCCGGUGAAGUUCUGGAGUCACGUUAUCGAGCGUUGGAUCUGGAACCAUUGGCGGCGGAGGAUUGUUACACGGCAGUUUUGGAAUUAACUAGCACGGUUAAGGAGGAUCAGAGGCUGUACCACGUAAUCGUGGAGAACGAACGAGGAAGCGAUCGUCGGGCACUGAUGCUGAGAGUGGACGAGCCGGGUCAGAUUCCACUUGUUAUCGGUGCUGUUGCCGGGUUUACGGUUCUCUCGGUGCUGAUAAUGGGAUUCGUUUGUUUCCUACGAUCGGAUAGAUGCUGCGUGGCCAGAAAUACGGUACCUGCUCUGCAGCAAGUGCAUUGUACAAAAGCCUCGAACACGAUGAUCGAGGAUCCACGUUUAGCCGUGGACACUAUGGAACGUGGUAGUCAACAAUACGCUUCCGAGAAAAGACCUAAUCACGUUCUGAAACCCGUCCCGUCGCAACAGUAUCAACAAGAGUGUUAUCAACACGUCCCACCGCAUCAGCAGCCCCACUACCAAAGGCAUCAUCAUCACCAUGGCCAACACCAUGGACCACAGUACACGCUUCAGGGGGAGCAGCUGUUUCUCAAACCCGAUCGUUUAGCGACUCUGAAGCCCCACUGCAAGAUCGAGAAGCCACCCCAGUACACGACAUUCAAGCCAAGCUCGAACAACUGAGGAUUUUACUACAUAUUUCUAUUUUAUAUUGAUGUACACGCGCACGUCGUAGGGGAAAGGAGCGAACAAACGGGAGGAAGAUGAAAGACGAAAGAAGGGAGAAGAAUUGAUUAGAAGGAGACUGAACAGCGAUACACGAUCGACACUGGUGAUCGAUCGUAAUUCGUUCUCUUCGAAUUUAAGCGCGAUUCUCGUCCUCCGAUGGAUAUUAUAGCGUACGAACGAAUCUUCGAUCGGUUAAUCAUUUCUUUCGCGCCACAGGUUUCGCGCGAAUCGGUCGGUAUUGUCGUUAAUGAUCAAAAAAGCGCGGCAUUGUCGCUAACUUUUUAAAUGUUAAUCGAUAGAUUUCAUAGUGGAAAUAAUUUUCUUGCCAAAUAAUACUGCCAUUAUGUUCCAAUAAAAAUCUGUACAACGUCUGAACCAAUCAAAAAAACGAGAACUAUAAUAUAAAGCGUAUUUAUAAUGCUUAUGAUAAUGUUGUUAAUAAAGCGGUGAUUUUCAGCAAUUACUGGUUUUAUUAAUAUUAUACAAACGCAGCAUUCGAUACGCAGAAGCCAUCUGCGUUUUAUCAAAAUUUCGAUACGACUCGUUACGAGAACACUUUUUUUUGUACAAUUGUUGCUACUAUUAUUGCAAGACUUUCAAUAAAGGAAUUGUGUGAAAAUCA